AUGGAAGCAGUUAAGGAAUCAUUUUUCACAAAUUUGCUUCUGUUGGAAUUCGAUCCAUUGGCUAUGGGACUCAAACACAGGAUUGCUUUCAACAAGGACAUGUUCAUGCUUCCAAAUAAGAAGGCUCUGGAUGAGGUGCUCUAUUUUCUCUUCAACAAACUGGACCCAGUCAGGUGCUACUCUGAUUUCAGAGAUUGUUGGCCAAUAUUGGAUAAAAAACAAGAGCAACAUUUUAGAAGACAAGUAACUAACUGGCUCAAUCAAAUCACUAAAGUUGAUCCGCAGGCCAACCUGCCUAGAUUAGUGACAAUAUUUUUAUCACCCAAUGGUGACAAACUCUACAAUUACCUGCUCUCAUUUUCGAGAUAUGUUCUACAAUGUUCUUUGUCCUCCAAGUUUAACAAAAUGAUCUGCAAGAAUUUCCUUGCCUUUCCUCCCCAAGUGGCAUCACAAAGUACUCAACUGAUUAGUGAAAAUAUUGAAAGAAUGUUGACAGCGGCAGCAAACGUUGAGGCCAAGAAGCAUGAAUCGUCUGUCAAAGAUUUGGAAAGGGCUCAAAACAUGUGGCAAGAAUAUUCAAAUGAGACAGUGUUGAGGUACAGAGAAGACGUGAAAUCCAUCAGAGAGUUGGAGCAGAGAAUUUGGCAAAUCAAAAAAUCCAUUUCAAAUAUUCCCAAGCAAUAUCUUGAUAUAUCAGCUGAAAGAAUAUCUAAGGUAUCAAAGGAAGUGGAUAAAUUAACCUCAGUGGCCUCACAUGUUCUCAGCAAUCGAGAUAUAGUAUCAUCUUUCGUAGAUGGCAGAGUCGGAGAGCAUAGGUUGGAUGCUAAUGAUCUGAAGGUUUCGAUAUCAAAGGAAUUUAUGAAGAGAUGCAAGCAACACCAAAGCCUUACGAACAAGUUGAUGCCUCAUAUGAAGGCUUCCACAACAGAACUCAGGGAAUCAGCUACUAAAGAUAUCAACAACAAUUCUAAACUUUACAAGUUACCAUGUGGUUUCAAGCUCUUCCCUACAGCCUGCCAUCUCUUUAAGGAUGCUACAGUCAAUGUUUCAUCAGCAGCAGCAGUAUGCAGUCAACAAUCAUUUAUCCCAAAUUUAUUUCAGUGGGGUAGUAUGAGCUCUGAAUAUAAUGAGGCCGUAACUCAAGACGAGGCAAAGUUAUUUUUGAAGAAAAUUAAAGAAGAUGUAAGGAGGAAGGCAAAGACUGCAGAGAAAAAUGCUGAAGUAAGAGUGGAUAAAAGAAAGCUAAAUAGAGAUAGUAAUGUGGAUGAGGGUAAGGACAGUCUAUCCAAUACCUCAGUCUCCAUUAAUAAUCCACAACAACUAACGACAAUGAAUGAUAAACCAAUGACAUCAACAACACGGAUGUCUUUAAAACUUCAAAAAUACAUCAACACAAGACAACAACAGCAUAAAACAUCACAACAGAAUGAAAUUGAACAACAACAACAAACUCAACAAAGCUACAAUCUUGCAUCUAAACAUGCCACAAAUGCUGCUACUACAGACGCUGCCGAUGCCAGAGAUGAUGUUCUAGCAGAUAAGAGGGCUAAAAAAAACCACUUAUCCGGUAAGAAAAAUGAAAAAAAAAAUGUUCGAAAAAUGAAUCGUACGUCUAUGAAUUAA